UAGUCUCUUCGUGAGCUCGGGUGAUUGAGAACGUGUUUAUCUCUUUUAAUAAAAAAAUAGUCCGAACUUAUUCGUGCUUACGUUAAUAAACAUUUUAUUUUCAAGUUUUAAAUAUUUUGUAUACUUUAUGAAUAGAUAAUAUUUCUUUAGUCUAUUUUGAGACAAAAUGUGAUGUGUUUCUAAGUGAACUGAAGUUUGUUUUUUCACUGUGAUUAAUCGAAUUUUCGAGAUGUUGACAUUGUUAUGUCUCGUAGUCGGCGUGUGCGCUGCUCACGCGCUUCGCGUGGGCGUGGGCAUCGCUGACGUCACCGGACCUCCAGCUGAAAUCGGCUUCAUGGGGUACGCGAACUUCGAGCAGAGCGGGCAAGGGAUUCACUUGCGACAGUUCUCGCGCGCUUUCGUACUGGCUGAUGACAACAGCCGGCUAGUAUUCGUCUCUGUAGAUGCUGCUAUGAUGGGCAACGGAAUCAGAAAAGAGGUUUUAAAGCGUCUGCAAAAGCGAUUCGGCGACCUGUACACGGAGAAUAACGUAAUCCUGAGCGGGACACACACGCACUCCACGCCGGGCGGCUUCCUUAUGGACUUCCUGUUCGAUCUGCCUAUACUCGGCUUUGUUAAAGAGACAUAUGUCGCUUACAUUGCUGGAAUACUUAAGAGCAUCUACAUAGCACACAGUAACAUGAAGCCCGCGCGCCUUGAGUACGCGGAGGGGGUGCUGCUUGACGCCAACAUAAAUAGAUCUCCCACCUCCUACCUCCGCAACCCACCGGAGGAGAGAGCCAAAUAUAAAUACGACGUAGACAAGACCCUCGCGCAGGUUCGGUUCCUGGGCCCGCAGGACAAGGUGCUGGGGGUUAUUAACUGGUUCGCGGUGCACCCCACCAGCAUGAACAACACCAACCGCCUCAUCUCCUCAGAUAAUGUCGGAUACGCCUCUAUACUUAUGGAGAAAGCUUUGAAUGGAGAAAAUACUUUACCUGGAAAGGGUAGCGUGGUAUGCGCAUUCUCGUCUACUAACCUGGGCGAUGUAUCCCCCAACACGCGCGGCCCGGUGUGCGAGUUCAGCGGCCGCGCCUGCGACCAGAGCUCGCUCUGCGGACACAAGGAGCGCUGCUUCGCCUCCGGCCCGGGGAGGGACAUGUUUGAUAGCACACGGAUUAUCGCCACCAAAUUGUUUGAUACCGCUAUGUCAGUUUUGAAUCAACCCGGUGAAGAUCUGACAGGCCCAGUGAGUGUAGUCCACCAGUACGUGGAAAUGCCUAAACAAGUUGUUGCACCCUACGAUCCCCUUACCGACACAUUUAAUACUAGCGGUAAGGUAUCCGGGUGUCUACCAGCGAUGGGGUACAGUUUCGCGGCGGGUACGACGGACGGGCCCGGCGCCUUCGACUUCACGCAGGGGACUACCACAUCCAACCCGUUGUGGAACGCAGUCAGGGACUUUAUUGCCGAGCCCACUAAGGAAGAUAUCGAAUGUCAAGCACCCAAACCUAUACUACUAGCUACAGGCAGGGCGAGGUUCCCUUACGAAUGGCAACCUCACGUGGUGUCAUGCACGGUGGCGCGCGCGGGCGGGCUGCUGCUGGCCGCCGUGCCGGGGGAGUUCACCACCAUGUCGGGCCGCCGUCUGCGCCGCCUACUGGCCGCACGGGCUGCUGGAACACGAGUGGUGCUCGCUGGACUGGCCAACGUGUACGCUGACUACAUCGCCACACCCGAGGAGUAUCAGGCACAGCGGUACGAAGCGGCGUCCACUAUCUUCGGUCCUCACACUCUCGACAUCUACCUCAAUAAGUACACAGAGCUCACGGAAGCGCUCAUUCAAGGUAGACCAGUGGAGCCAGGUCCGCAGCCGGCAGACUUCAGCGAGCAGCUGAUCACGCUGGUGCCGCCGGUGCUGUGGGACGCCGCGCCCUGGGGCAAGGAGUUCGGCGACUGCCUGCAGCAGCCUCAGAAGCACUACAGCCACGGAGAUACUGUCGCUGCCACUUUUGUGUCAGGUCACCCACGCAACAGCAUCCGGCACGGGCGCUGGUAUGCAGCAGUGGAACGUCUGCAGUCUGCAGAAGACGACGCCUGGGUCACCAUCGCGACUGACGCCGACUGGGAGACCAAGUACAUAUGGCACCGCAACUCGAAGAUAUUAGGUACUAGCCAUGCGGAAGUAGAGUGGGAGAUACCCGCGGGUACUCCACGCGGUACCUACCGUUUGCACCAUUUCGGCAACUACAAAUAUAUCCUCGGUGGAAUCUACCCUUAUAGUGGCUUUUCUGAUUCCUUCGAGGUCACAUAAUACAUAUUUAAAAAAUACAUUAACGAGGCAGUAUUUUUCCAUCAGUACUUUAUCUGAAAAGUAUAUCAGUUGUUAAGUUUAGUGCCAUCUCGUGUGUAUUACAUGUACUAAAACAUUUUACAAAAUUAAAAUAAGCUCUAUCUUUUGAUUAAAAUAUAAUUUAAUGACAUCUAUUGGCAAAUAAUUUAAAUGCAAUUGAUGGUUUUUGGGAUCUUUUAAUAGAUGGCGUUAGUUAUGAUUAUGUGAAAAAUAUCUUGUGAAGUGUGAACUAUGCCUUCUUAUAUAUUUUCAAUCUCUUUAUAACUCUGCCGUUACAUGUUAAUAAGCCCUGUUUCCAACUGUUUACAACAGUUGUAUGCAAAUGAACUGAAAUUGCUUCUGUCUCAACUCGUCAUUCAGUAGAAGUGGUAAUUUUAGUUACGUUAUAUUAUUUUCUGUAGUGGUUUUUACAAAUGUAAUGUUUAUAGAAUACGAGCUUAUCACAAUUUAAAAACCAUGAUAGUUCCUUAAUUCGACGGAGUAUUUUGUAGCAAAAAAAAACAUUAACAGUUCACUAAAAUUAAAAUCUCUCGUAUUUUUCCCUAAAUUUAGUUGUUAUUCGGAUACUAUCGAAUUAAGGGUAAAAAUAUAUAAUUAUAUUUAAUGUUUCAUGUGUAUUUAAACCCCAUUUCCACUAGUAAAGAUCUUCACAAUUGCUGUUUAGUACAUGUCCGUAACAUUUUGUUAGGUUCACUAACAGAAAUAGCAGUAAUCGUUUAGUGGAAAUAAGAUAAUUAUUCUUGAUACCAAAAAGAUAUUGUAAAAAUAUUAUAUGUAGUUAUAAUUUAAAAAUAUUACUCGUAGAUUACUUCAUACUUAAGUAAAUAACA